AUGCUCGCAUUGUUUAGAUAUCAACGAUUGAUGUAUCCUGAGGGAUGUGGAUAUCGAAGCGAAACUGGCGGAUUGAUGGAAGCGCUUCGUAAACUUAAUGUCGAGACAAUUCGCAAAUACCACGCUGAUUACUAUAGGCCUGAUAAUCUCUGCUUAAUAAUUACGGGAAAAUUGGAUCUAGAUGCAUUAUUGAAAGUUCUCGAGCCGCUUGAUGAAAGGAUUGCUGCAAAGGGAGCAUUGCCUCCUCAUCCGCGGCCGUUUGUGGACUCAUUGCCGGUCCCGCCGUUGGAGAAAUCCAUACAGGAAGUAGUUGAAUUUCCUGACGAGGAUGAGACCGAAGAGCUGGAGGAUUUGACCAAGGAAGUAUUUGAAGUGAUGGAGAGGAUUGUGAAGGAAGAUGGAAUUGAUAUGGAGCGCAUGAAAAUUGUUAUAUCGAGAGAUCGAUUAAAGACGUUAAAUGAGAUCGAAAACAACCCGCAUAACAUAUAUUCCGAAGCAUGCAUUAUUGAUCACAUGUAUGGAAAAGAGGAUUGCUCGGAUUUAGAGAAAGCCGUUAAGGAUUUAAGAUAUUACGACGAGAUCAUGAAUUUUAGCGAAGAGAAAUGGAUAGAAUAUCUGAAAAGAUUUUACAUCGAUCAACCUCACGUGGCCAUUCUCGGUCACCCUUCGUCAGAAUUUGCCAAGAAGCUUUACGCCGAUGAAAAACAACGCAUAGAAGAACAAUGUAAAACAUUAGGGCCGCAGAAACUAGAAGAGCUCGAUAGAAAAUUGAAAGAUGCUAAAUUGGCGAAUGAAGUUCCGAUACCUGAUGAGAUUAUCGGCAAGUGUUUACGGGAAGCCAUUAUAGAUCAUACUGUGAUUUUUUGA